UACAGAGAAAAAAAGAAAGUCAUAAUAAAAAAGCUCCCUGACGAACAUCAUUUAUUAUUAGUGUUUGUCAUGUAAAUUGUUGCCACAGUGUCUCAUAACAGUGUUAUAGUAUGACAUGUGUAUUUCUGUGUGCAGCUGGUGGUGAGGCUGAUGAUGAGGUGUGAAGAUGGAGGCUCCUGAAUACCUGGACCUGGAUGAGAUCGACUUCUCUGAUGAUUCGGUGUAUUCUGUGACGUCUCUGAAGAGCAUCCCAGAGUUGUCCAGGAGGAGUGAUGGCCAGGCCGAGGAGAGACCAGCGCCAGCAAUCAACUGGAGUCGCAGCGUUUCCUCCCUCAGUGGCGGGGGAAUCAAACCCACAGGGCUCGCUGAGGUCCACAGUAAGUUCCGGCCGGUGAAGAGGGUCUCCCCUCUCAAGCACCAACCAGAGACCAGCGACUCUGACUCCGAUGGGAAAGUCCAGGUCCAGGGGCUGGGGGAGACGGGGGAGGCCAGUAAGGAUAACCCCAGCUCUGACAAACCGACUGAAGCCUCCACCUCCACUGACGGGCCGGGAGGGAAGGACCUGGCCAGCAGUGUCGGUGUCGGUGUGGUUGGAGGGAACAAUACCCAGGCUCUGUUCGGGGAGCUGGAGCACUACGAUCUGGACAUGGACGAGAUCCUGGACGUGCCUUAUAUCAAGUCCAGUCAGCAGAUGUCCACGCUGCCUCGCGUCCCCCACGACAAGCGCUCGGUGACGGGGAGCAACCUGGCUGGAGGCACCCUGGAGAGGACCCGGGGAGGAGGCCUGAAGACCUCCACAUUACCCCACAACGAGCCUCUGAGCCUGGGCAGCAGCAGCAGCUCACAGACUCCGUAUUGUGUUCUGUCUCCGGUGAAGUGGUCUGACCUGAGGAAGUCCAAGUCGAUGGAUCCAGACCUCCACCACCUCCACCGCCCCCCGGCUGGAGGAGGCCACCAUUCAGAGCUGCUCUCCUCCGGACUCCUCAGCUGCUCCUCCUCCCUCUCUUCUUUCUCUGAUGCAGAUAAGCUGCUGUCUGCGCGGGUCUACCCAGACUCCCAGAGCCAGAGGCCGGGGGUGGAGUCUCCCGGCGGGGGCCCAGGGAUGAUGUUCCCUAUGCCAGGGUGUAGUGUGAGCAGGCAGGACGCCUCCAUGCCCUGGGCUCCUGGAUCAGGAGGGGGAGGUGGAGGCAGCGGUGGGCCAAGGGGGUUCGGAGGAGGUGGAGGAGCAGGAGGGGAGGUGGACGAGGAGACCAAGAAGAACCAGAACAUCAUCAACAUCGUCAGAGAGGGACAGAUGUCUUUGCUGCCUCACCUGGCGGCAGACAACCUGGAGCUGAUCAGAGACGAGGAGAGGAACAACCUGCUGCACAUCUCUGCCUGUCAGGGUCACGCUGACUGUCUGCAGCACCUCACCUCUCUGAUGGGGGAGGACAGCCUCAACGAGCGCAACAACCAGCAGCUCACCCCCGCUGGUCUGGGAGUCAAGAACGGUCAUCUGGAGUGUGUGAGGUGGAUGGUGAGUGAGACGGAGGCCAUCGCAGAGCUGAGCUGCUCCAGAGAACAUCCCAGUCUGAUCCACUACGCCGCUCGCUACGGACAGGAGAAAGUCUUGUUGUGGUUGCUCCAGUUCAUGCAGGAACAGGCGAUCUCUCUGGACGAAGUCGACCAGAAUGGAAACACUGCUGUGCAUGUGGCCGCUCAGUACGGACACCUCACCUGUAUACAGACUCUGGUGGAGUACGGCUCCAACGUGACGGUCCAGAACCAGCAGGGGGAGCGGGCUUCCCAGAGUGCCGAGCGUCAGGGACACACCACCUGCGCUCGUUACCUGGUCGUCGUGGAAACCUGCAUGUCGUUGGCCUCGCAGGUUGUUAAACUAACCAAACAGCUCAAUGAACAGGCAACAGAUAGAAUAACUCUACAGAAACAACUGCAGCGACUGAUGGACCCCAACAAGGCAGAGGGGACACCUUCUAGAUCACCCAGCUCCCAUCAGCCCUCAGUGGAGGCGUGGCCAGAAAUGAUUUUGACAGCGGAGGGGACUCCAGGGGACGGCUGGUUGGUUCGUCAGGGCGGGGUGGUCCCAGACCCGGUGCUGCGGCAGCUGCUGGGGAAGGACAUGUCUGACACACUGUGUCCCAGGGAGAGGCUGCCUCCGGCGGGCGGCCCCGGGGCCGCUGGGGCCCGCAGGACUGGGCUGGUGGAGAGGAGAGAGCUCAAACUAGCAAGACUCAAACAGAUAAUGCAGCGCUCUCUGAGUGAAUCCGAUUCGGACGGUUAUCCACCAGAGGAAGGUAAAAGUCAAGAGGCCUCUGCCUCAAACACACUGCGACCUGAUAGGCCGUCACACCUGCCAAUCGCAGAGGAGGAGCCAGCGCCAACCAACCCUAACCUGAUGAUGAAGAAGCACCUACCUUCCUCCACCUCCUCCUCCUCCUUCUCAUCCACAGCUGAGAAGAAACAGGCGUUUUCUCUCAGCGGGUCAAAGUCAGCGGACAGCGUCGGUUUCAACCCCUCCCCCACCUCCAGCGACCCUGAUGCGGCAGAGGGUAAAACACCAGACGCUUCCGCUGACCUCAACGAUGCCACUAACGGCCAAAAAGUUGCCACCAGCCCCAAGAGCGCCCUGAAGUCGCCCUCAUCUCGCAGGAAGACGUCUCAGAACCUCAAACUGAGGGUCACCUUCGACGAGCAGGUCCACAAGAGCACCAUUCAGGAGGCAGAGCAGACCAAAGGGCAUCAUGGGAAGGAGAGGACUCCAACAGGAAGCUCUGAAAGCAAGCGGCCGUUCGGGGCGUUCCGCUCCAUCAUGGAGACACUGAGCGGAAACACAAACCACAACAACAACAACAACAACAACAACAGUGGUGUUCAGUCAGGCUCCACCUGUCAGAACUCACCUGGCAGGAAGUCGGAGACUAAAGGCAUCCCAGGAGGAGGAGGGGCCAAGGGCAAGAGCAAAACCAGUAACGUUUAACUCAGUAGUGCCUCCAGAAGGGCAGAGAGCACAUAACAAACAGCAAGCAGCCAACAUGAGAAAUGUAUAGUGACGUGUUCACACUCCAAACUGAGCCCAAAUGUGCAGAUAUCAGCAGAACUUACUGUUUCCAAUGGUAGCAGAGAUACUGUAUCUCCGAUGUCCAUCGAGGACAAACGCCCAUAAAUCUACUUAGAAAUCACAUUUCAAAAUAACCAAACUAGAAACAAAAAUCGAAGCUAAAAACAGUGUUUAGAUGUAUCCCACGGCUACGUCACUGACCUUCUGCCAACAUUAUACUUCCUGUUUUACAAAGUAUCAUGGGAACUAUAGUGCCGAAACUAAACGCAUAUUAAUCAUGAAUAAAAAGGAAACAUCCCUGACAUUAUACAUCCAUCAUCAGUACGUUGUUUGACUGAACUAAGGCAAAGAACGAUAUAUAUACAUACAACCAAGUAUGUUUAUUACAUCCCUGCAACAAUGACACUCUCCUUCAUUGAGAUAUUUAGUGUUGAAAGACCGACAACAACAAAUGUAUCUCAAAUAAUUCAAAGGUUUUUACUUGAAAUGGAUUGAAAACCAAGGACAGUAAAUUACAACAGGAUACAAGAAACACCAAACACUUCAUAGUUUUACAACUCAAUAAUAUAAAACAGCUGGAGUGGACUGGAGUGUGAUUUAAAAUGACCAACCACCUGUGCUCCCUGGAAGAUAACACUAAAGUUGUAUCUGCAGCUACAGUUUGUUCAUUUGGUCCCAACCGCAGCUGGGAAAAGCUGACUUUGCUUUAUUUUAGUCACAUCAGCUGAUUACAAGCGGAGCAGGUCCAGUAAACUAACACUUUGUUUACUGGACCGAGUAUUUACGAGCUGUGGUCCUGCCAGUUUGUCCCCUUUAAUAGAGGAGACUUCAUGAGUUUGUAUAACAAGUCAAAUAGUUAAAGUGACUUUCACACAAUCAAUAAAGAGUUCUGAUGUUUGUCUUGACUCUGGGUAAGAAAAGUCAACAUCUGUUCUCUUUUACCCAUAAUCCCUCACAUUACUACCACACACACUUAGUUAUUACUAAAUUAGUCUGUAAAUUACGUUUUAUUGAAGAAAUAAUCUUUACUGAAGGUCAACUAACGACCUUUUCUGGAUCCUUUAAACAGCAUCUCAGAGUUUGCUUGUUAUGUGUCAUCUCCACAAAACCCAUUCAACACAUCGUGGGUUAAGAUUAUUUUCCCAAGGUUAGGUAUUCACAAUAGUUUUAAGACUUGCUUGCCGUACAUCUCUCAUGUUCUUUGCCUCUGACGUUUGACGUUUGAGGGUUUUUGUUCAGUUGAAGGACUGAAAGACAGAAACUCUGUUCUCGUCUGUUUUCUUGUUCACGUGUAUUCGAUGGCGUUAUUCAGAGAAUCACUACGACGUGAAGAAGAAGAAGAAGCUGUGUGUGUUUAAUGAUCCCCAUGCAGACGGACUGAAGGAAGUUUAUUUGAGUAUUAAUCAGCGACCUGCAGAAACCUCACAUUUCCAUCAUACAACUUGUCAAACAUUUUUAGUUUUGUCACAUUUAGUUUAAACAUCAAAGAGUUCAUUGGUCUGCUAAAACUAAAAAGUGUCAAAUCUUUUCUCAAGGUUUCUGUAUCUGCCACUCUGUUGUGUACUCGGAACUACACUAAAGAUGAAGUAUUAGUAUUUAUGUUUAUGCACACAGUUAUAUGUUUUACAAUUUAGAAAAUGUGGUUAUAAUCACACACGUGGUUAACGUGCACCAGCACAACACAUAGUUUUAAAACCACUGUAUAUAAAAGUAGUAUUUAACUAUUAUUUCUUUCUUUUUUAAAUGUUAUCUUCAUGGUUAUUAUCUAUGCAGUAUCUCUGGCAUGAAGUAGACAGUGUGUAGUUGUGUGACGUGUUUGAGACGGGGAGGUUUAAGGAUGCACCUUCCACUGCGGCUGACGACGAUCGUACGAACUUAAAGAGAACGACGUGGAAACUGUUUCACCUCCGGAGAUUUCAACUCCUGACAAAACUAGAAGUCUGAGGCUGUGAUCUGUGAUCUGUGAUCUGUGUUCAAAUACGUGUGGCACUGCGUGGUGAGUGUAUGCAUUGAAAUAUAACAAACAUGUUUUUAUGGCUCUUUGCUCUUCCUCAUGACAUGUCUCCUUACUGCAGGUUCAAGCAUUCAGCACAGGAACAAGUCAGAAGCACAAACAAUAACACAGAAGGACAGGGGAUUUUAUUAGAUCAUAUUUCUUAAAUCAUUUACUUUAGCUUUAGAAGUGUUUCCACGUGCACGUGGUUCAGUUGUCAUCCACUGAUCAAACCCAUUCUCCAGACACUGCUGCCUCUAGCAGCCUCAAGAGGCAGCAGUGUUCAUUACACCUCACAGUUUACAGUCAUUCAAUAUUAAAAAUAAAAAGGUCAUGGGGUUCACUAGGAAUCCUCCAGCAGGAAUAUCCACGUCCAAUUUCAGGGAAAUUUGGCCAUAAAUUGUUAGAAGAUUCAGUCACAUGAUCUGUUUCACGUGUGUUCAGUUCUUACAGCCGUAACGAAGCAUAAAUCCUCCUGCAUGUAAUUACAGUUAUAUUGUGUGAACACAGAUCUCAGCCUCGCCUUCUACUUUGCAGCUGUGGGAGAAACCGGAUCACGUCCGCCAUGUUUUUUGAUUCAAGUUGACGUUGAAACAAAUCCUGUUUGUGGUUCUGAUGCAGCAGAAUGUUUCUCAUCAGUUUCUACGUCUGUAGUUUGCAUCAGUGAGAUUCUGCUGGGCCGCUUACUCAUCUGUUUACACAGAUUUGUUUGUAGGUUUACACUCUUUGGCUGAUGUGGUUCUUGGUGGUGGAUGUUCUUGAGGCGGUGGAGUCUGAGAGGAUUUACCUGCAUCCAGUCUGCUGAUUCUGACUUGUUAAAGGAACAGUCCGACACGAAAAGGUUAGCAGCUUCCUCUCUUAGUCCAGUACAGGUGCAAUACAACUUAACUGUAGGUCAAUGGAUAGAGCAAGUAGUGGACCGAGGUGUCCACAUACUUUUGGCCACAUAGUGUAUAUCUGUACUGAAGAUAAAACUCGUAUCAAUCCUCAUCCUUUGGUAACGUUACUGUUCCUUAAACCACUGGUACUGGAAAUACAUUUUAAAAAUGGGUAUGGUUAUUAAAUGAAAGCCUAACUUUUGUUUUGUAAGUGUUCUAAUGUCAGAGACUGGAACCAACUCACAUUCUAGUGAUUCCAGUAAGCGUUAUAUUUCCAGUACAUUUCAAUGUGUAGGAACAGCAACACGUAUACAGUGACCAGGUUUUAAUGUCUUUACUUUAUAUAUCUAAUUGUUUCCUUCCUUAAAGUUUCCUGUAAACAACUCAUUUGUUCCGUUAAAGGUCAAAUAUAGGUCAUGCUUAAAAUGACAGUUAAUUGCUGAUAUAACUUUUACUCAGCAGAACAAACCUUUUGUCUGACUUAGGGAAUAUAAUAAUGCAUUUUCCAAUAAUUUAAUAAUAUGUAUAAAUAUUAACUUGGUUUUAAAUGUAAUUCUAAACUCAACAUAAUCCUGCAUAUAUUUCCCUUUUAUAGUUUGUAAGUGCUUUCCUAAAGAAAUUAUUAGGACAUAUUCGCAAAAAGUGUUUUUUGAGGUUGGCUUGAGUUGCCAGGGAAAUUGUCCAGACUCCACCGAGCCAAGAUCGCUGCCCAAACAAGCAGCUCUGUGGGCUGGUUGUCGAUGAGAUUGUUUCUGAAAUGCAGUUUAUUUUAGUGUUUUCAUCGUCCAAGACGAAGGAAAGCAGCUCAGCGUCGUCCCAGCAGAGCACACAAACUGAACUCUUCCUGUUUGUUGUCUUUUUAAUGAACUCUUCAGACGGACAGUUUUGCUGCAUCCACUCACAUUUACUCUCAAUGCAACAAAAAAAGAAGAAAUAAAAUGAGACGCAAUAUCAGAGACUGUUGGAGAUGUCUGAUCCGAAUUCUUUUCUUUCUUUUUACUAACCAGCGUGUACAGAGACCGACGGACUCUCAUUGAAGCUGUUGUGAAGACAAACUCAAAUAAACUGUUUUAAACUGAA